GUACGUCACUAUUGCUAUACGUCACGUCAUUUUUGGGAGGCUAUGGAAAGUACCUACCUAAUAGCGGCUGAUUUUGUUUUUCUAUUUUAACUAAAAAGUACUGAAUAAAACUUAUUUAUUGUAUUUAAAUAUUAAGGAAUAGUGUAAUAGAUAUAAAAAUAAUAUGUCGUAUUCUAACAAGUAUACCUUCGCGGCGUUGCCUAGGACGCAGCGGGGAACACCUCUAGUGUUGGGAGGUGAUCCUAAAGGCAAAAAUUUCCUGUACACGAACGGAAAUUCUGUUAUAAUAAGAGAUAUUGAAAAUCCUGCAAUUUCGGAUGUAUAUACGGAACAUUCCUGUCAAGUGAAUGUUGCCAAGUACUCGCCUAGCGGAUUUUAUAUUGCUUCUGGAGAUGUGUCAGGCAAAGUUCGGAUCUGGGACACCGUGAACAAGGAGCACAUCUUGAAGAACGAGUUCCAACCAAUCGGCGGGCCGAUCAAGGAUAUCGCUUGGAGCGCUGACAGUCAACGUAUGGUCGUCGUUGGAGAAGGGAGGGAGAGAUUCGGUCAUGUGUUCAUGGCGGAAACUGGUACAUCCGUAGGAGAAAUUAGCGGUCAAUCGAAACCAAUCAAUUCAGUCGACUUUCGUCCAGCAAGACCGUUCCGCAUCGUUACUGCUUCUGAGGACAACACCAUCGCAGUCUUCGAGGGCCCACCGUUCAAAUUCAAGUGCACGAAACAGGAGCACACCCGUUUCGCCCAAGCUGUACGCUACAGUCCAGACGGCAGUCUGUUUGCUUCGGCUGGUUUCGAUGGCAAGAUAUUCCUCUUCGAUGGAGCUACGUCAGAGCUUAAGGGAGAAAUCGGUUCUCCGGCACACAAAGGCGGCGUGUACGGUAUCGCGUGGUCGCCGGACGGGAAGCAGCUGCUGUCCUGUUCCGGUGACAAGACCUGCGCGAUCUGGGACAUCGAGACCAUGCAGAGAGCCUUCAUUUUCAAUAUGGGAACCGCCGUCGAGAACCAGCAGGUAUCUUGUCUCUGGCAGGGCAAGCACCUCCUCUCCGUGUCGCUCUCCGGAGACAUCAACUACUUAGACGUCGAGAACCCGGACACGCCGCUCCGCGUGCUGACCGGUCACAACAAGCCCAUAACUUGUCUCGAGCUGCAAGACAAAGGUCUGUUCACUGCGAGCCACGACGGCUCGGUUACGCUGUGGAACGUCGAGACGGGCGCGGGGCGGCACGUGCGCGGGCGCGGCCACGGCAACCAGCUGAACGGCAUGCGCGCGGCGCGCGGCGCGCUGCUCACGUGCGGCAUCGACGACACGCUGCGCCGCGCCGCCGCGCCGCCCGACGAUGAUGUCCCGACAUACACAGAUGACGCCAUCCCGCUCGGCUCUCAGCCUCGAGGGCUGGACCAUCUCGCUGAUGAAGACUUAACCAUAGUCGCUACUGUUAAAGAGCUGACGGUCAUAGUGGAUGGUGCGAAGAAGUUUAGUCUCCCCAUCGACUACGAGCCGAGCUGCGUUACCAUCGACCCGAAAAACAAGCACGUCGCUGUUGGUGGUGGAGACAGCAAGGUCCACAUAUACACUCUCCAAGGCACAAGUCUCUCGCCUCUGACGGAGUUAAUUCAUCUCGGACCGGUCACGGACGCUCGCUACAGUCCGGACUCGAGCCACUUAGUGGCCUGUGACGCUAAUAGGAAGCUGAUAUUGUAUACGACCGAUGAGUACAAGCUGGCGCACAACAGGGAGUGGGGCUUCCACAGCGCGCGCGUGAACUGCGUGUCGUGGAGCCCCGACGGCGCGCGCGUGGCGUCGGGCUCGCUCGACACCACCGUCAUCGUGUGGAGCCGCCUCGCGCCCAACAAGCACACGCACAUCAAGAAUGCACACCCGCAAAGCCAGAUCACGGGUCUGACGUGGCUGGACAACAACACGCUGGCCACGGUCGGCCAGGACGCCAACACGCGUAUCUGGGACGUCCCCGCAUAAACGCUUCUAACUUCGGAUUCAUUUUUACUAUACAAUGUAUUAUUGGUAAAUGUCAGCUGGAAUUACACGGAAGGCAUCAUAGAUCGGAUAAAUUGUGUUACAAUAUUAUAUAAUAUUUAUUUAGACUAUAUGAUAUGUUCGACUUGGCUUUGUUCUAUUAAAUAAUCGUUUCGCAAUGUUUUUAUGUACCUCACAUAAAACUACAAAUGUGUGCAUUUAUAUUUCAAAUUCAACAAAAGUCUAAAUUAUUUUGGAACACGCUGUAUAAAUAGUUCUUAAAAAUAAAUACACGUAUAAAAAGUCAGCAUUUAUUUCAGAGCAGAGCAUUAUAGAGCAAUGAGAGAUAUAACUUGUAAUACAUACGUAUAUUGUAUAGUAAAUACAUCCUAAAAACUAACUCGUGAUUAAAUAGUCUAUACUAUAUACUAACCUAUUUAUUUACGAAACUAAUUAGCUGGUUUGUGACUAAAGUUACUAAUCAGGUUUGAAUAAAUGCAUUUUUUUUAUAUUUAUUUUUUGAAUGCUCAGAGAUUAAACGAUCUCAUAACUAGAAACCGUUUCAUUAGAUAUUGUACAUUUUUUAAAUUUGGAAUGGAAACAGUCAUUCAUUUAUGUUUGCUACAAACAUAUUAGUGGAUUGAUGUUCUAAUAAGUUUCAUACAAAGUUAGUUUAUCAUUUGUAUUGAUUGGAUGACGGAUUACCUUGCAAGGAGACUCGCUUCGUUACACGGAAGCGCAUCACAGGCUGUGAUUGGUAUUACUAAUUUUUUAUACUCCAAGUCAAAUAAUUCAUGUUUUAAUUCUUUGAACUUUAUUUGAAUUUUGUACAAUUUGUAAUGAAAUGGAAAAUGAGUUCUGAUCGUCAUAUUAUGAAGUGAAAUUAUUGUGUAUUAGUACAUGUAAGUUCAGAAUAGGGCGGGUUGUGUUGUAAUGUCGAUUUUAAUCUACGAAUUUAUGUUUUGAGUUGGUUACCAAGUACAUUAAACGAUCGUUGGAUUAAGGUGUAAUCUUUCUUAAAAAUGGGUAUACAAAACAUUAUUUUCUUAAAUAUUACUUACAAACUUUAAAUUAUUUAUUUACAGAAUCGACUGUCCUAAUUUUUUUUUAUAAGAAAACAUGCUAUGACGUUCAGGACUUAAUUUUUUUUUUAACUAAAAAGUAUUCAUUGGUUUAUCGUUUAAUUACUUAUUUGUAUUCACAUAAAACAUAUUUAUUCAUGAAAAAUGCUGAAACUUUUAUAAUCCAACUUUGAUUGUAAAACUUUUUAAAACAAACUCGAACUAAAAAAAUAUUUUGUCUUUUAAUACAUUUUAAGUCUUUCAAAUGGCUAACAUUAUAAUUUAUAUUAAAAAAUGUUGGCCUUGCCUCUAUUUUGUUUUCUAUUAUAAGUAUGCCUUUAUGAAUGACAAAGUGCUUUGUAUUGAUGAAAAAAAUAUCAUUUGUUUUGCUGACGCUAUGUAUAAAUUUAAAAAUGACAUGUCCGCUGUUUAUGUUGUUUAAAUUUAACUGUAUUUAAUUAAACGAUAAAUCAUUAUCAAAUAAAAGAUUCUUAGAUAGUGUAAAAUGCAUUUACGCUUGUCCUUUUGUAAGUUUUUACUUAGUAAGAACGAAAUCUAAACAUUUCGAGCAGUAUUUUUAUACUACCUAAUUUUCUGAUAGAUUUUCUCGUUUUUUACGUGGUUUCUACUAAAACUAAGCAUAUAAGUGAUAAAUAAAUUGUGUACACUUGUA